AUGGUGGAGCAUGAUAAACCAGUCCCGGCGGGUCAUCUUGCCAACAACCCACCGCCUUCGGGCCACUUUGGUGCACUAGCGGUGUCCUUGCUCGACUCGCUACUACAUCGCCGCAAUCAUCAACAAUCCCCAAGCAACAAUAGCAAAGUGAAUCCACAGCUCUUGUCAAAAUAUUCGCGGAAUUCCCGAUCACCAAGCACCAGUCCUCAAAACAAACGAGAAGAACGCAGUCGACGAGACGUUGCAAAGAGCAGACGAGAAGGCCACAGUGGUCGAGAAGGCUAUUCACCACCAAAGCCAAUUCUGUCCAUAAGACGCUCAAGUUCGGCCAAACAACUAAUAGCAGGUUUGACCUCUCGAAAGCUCCGUCAAAGCUCCGUUAUCUCGCGAAGUUACAGCGCGAAAGUUGCUGUCAAUAACGCCGACAAGCACGAAGCUCCGGAAGUGGUUACCAACUACGUCUACGAGGUCCCGGAGAAAAAAACCAAGCCAAAGACCCCAACAGCUGACUAUGACGAUAUCGACAAUCAAGAGAUUGAUGACUUCGAUCUAGACGAUGAGGAGGAGUUAGAAGAAGAACUGGAGUUUGAGCUACGGCCAUUUAUUUCUGAUGACGAAGACGAGAUGGCUUAUUUCGCACAUCGAAUGGGUGGGUCUGACUUCAAAUUGCAUCGACGGCACGUGCUGCAUCCACACGGACGACUCCGAUCGACAUGGGAUACAAUCACCCUAUUGCUGACAACAUGGGUUCUUAUUAUCGUGCCGUUCGAGCUCAGCUUCGCUAUGCGUGAUUCUCUGCGUCGUACUAUUCUUCACUUGGAUUUAUUCGUCGACUCUUUGUUUCUUGUAGACAUCAUACUCAACUUCAACACCGCAGUAGAAGACGACGGCAAGCUUCACUUCUCACUCUCCUCUAUUUUCCGACACUAUACACGCGGGUGGUUUGUACCCGAGUUGCUGUGGACAAUCCCAUUCUACGCCAUACUAGAGGGACACGACCCUGAAGCGUACACGCAUGGUGGCUCCCCUACCAGGUUUCUGUUCCGCUUCUCUGCACAAGCUGCGUGGAUGUAUCCAGCUGCACGUGGUCUUAGGUUGCUACGAGUUCUCGGUCUACCGCGUCUUCAGGGUCGUCUGGAGCAUUCCUUGCUCAUUUCCUCCAAAGUGAGCAGUCUGGGGAGCUUCUUGUUCGUCGUAUUAGCACUCUCGCACGUCUUCAGUUGUGUGUUCGCCUACUUGGCUUUCCACGACGAUGACCAGUUAGAAUUCGCUCUCAGCUCGCGGACAUUGCAGGAUUCCGAAGUCAAAACGCGAUAUAUCGCAGCUUUCUACUGGUCGAUGAUGACCAUGACCACAGUCGGCUACGGCGACAUCACGGUGAAAACAAACGCUGGGCGCCUCUUUUCGAUAGCUGCAAUGAUCGUAGGAGCGGGAGUCUUCGCCUACGGUAUCACGAACGUCGUGUCGCUCUUUCAGCAGCUUUACGAGAGCGACACCGCUUACCGGAGAGACAUGGACCAGAUCAACGACUUCAUGCAAGACCGAAUGCUGCCAAGGGCCUUACGCGACAAGGUUCGAGCAAAUACUUUCCACUGGCGUAAAGCUGCACGGGGCGAGAACAAGGAACGCGAUCGUGCCAUCGUGGAGCGAAUGGCGCAUUUAAUCCGCAUUAAAGUUGCUGACCGCUUCUGCGAAGACAUGAUGCCUCGCAAGAUGCCGUUCCUCGCUGGCUGCAGCGCCGAGUUCAUCCACGACUUGUAUCUGCGUAUGAGAGUGCAAUGCUACUUGCCAGGCGAAGACAUCAUCAGCCAAGGAGACUACGGAUCCGAGAUGUACUUCCUGUUUGUGGGGCACGCACAGGUGCUGCUUGGCUUGACUAAAGUGGCUCUCUUCGGUCCGAACUCGUGCUUUGGCGAGUUUAGUAUCGCCAAUCCGCGCAAACCUCGGCUUGCCACUAUUCAAGCUCUGGACUUCUGUGAGACGCACUGUAUCGACCGAGAGCAGAUUCUUCGAGUUCUGCUGUCCCAUCCGAUCACGAUGCGAUCGGCGCGUCAACUAGCCACUUUGCGGUCUCGAAAGGCACUGACACUUAUCUAUGAGAGCGGCGGGAAGUCACGGACGCUGCUGCAGGGCUUGGCUAUGAUGUGGCGGGCCGAGGGCGUGGAGGCUGUGCUACCAGCAGGGAUAUCGCCCGCCAGUCUGCCCUUCUUGCAGGAAUUUACUGCCGUACCGAUCGUGCCCUCCAGGAGAAGUUCCAGUAUUAUCCAGUCCUCUCAGCUCCAUCGUGUGCACUCGCAGCAACACAUUGAAUCAGUUCCGGUAGUGCAACGACAGAAAAGUUUCAACUCUCAUUCUGGCCAUGCUACACCGCCCACGUUGUCAUUUCGAGCUACAAACGGCACACCGGGUACCAGCAGUGGGUCAGCUCGUCGUGCUUCAGUGGUAAUCGACCCCACGAUCACGUUGAUAGCGACUCAAGGCGCGCUGGCUUCUCCCGUGGGCAUGGUAACUCCUCCUUCGUCUCACCGAGGACGCAACGGGAUGGUCAGGCUGCCCAAGAUCAACGCCGGCGAGUCAAAACAACCCGAUGUUCCUAUAGAAAUGAAGGAGAAUACCGCAGCACAGGAGGUCGUAAAUGGCGUGGCAGAUGCUCGUCCUAGACCCGGACUGAGGAGAGUGGCCAGUGUCAAUAACGGUAGUCCGGAUGCCGUAGCUGCGACGCCUACAGCGCCACCUCAGGAUGAUCGACUGGAGCUGCUUCUCACCGAGAUCCGAAACGUGGCUAGUCGACAGAAUAUACUGGAACAGCAGUUGAAAGAGCUCUUGGAAAGGCAGCAAACUAUACCAGAAAGUCUCGGACGUCGAGUCAGCUUAGACAGCGGAGUGUUUGCCCACGAGAGAGGCCGCUUCGACGAGCAGCACUGGAUAGACGACCAUGCUCCUCCUAUCGGUCGUCAGCGUUCCAGUCGUCAUGUGCUGCUGCAACAUACUAGUAAAGGCACCCUGUAAAGAACUCAAAUACUUAAAUGUGCAAUAAUAAGACAUAAAUACAAGCCAUUCAUUGCUGUCGUGA